UUCGACUCGGAGGUUGCAAGCUCAGUCAUUCAAUUGCUUACACCCAAACAUUUGUCUUGUUCUGUUCGCAAUUGAGAACCAUGGAUGACUUGUGCCAACUUGUUUCUCGAUGGCUAGGCAGCCUACGGUGAGGCGCUCGCUAGACGCUCAUCCUCUUGGGUCCCCUCCUGCCUUGUCACGACAUUGAAACAUUUCUGCCAUCUUGAAUGCCCUCAACAGAAGCACGGCUUAUGCGAGACGAAUUAGUGCGAUUGUCGCCACAUUGAAAGUCCACUCGACAGUCAACACUUGAUUACCGUCCUGAAUAGCCGAUUACGAAGAUGAUUGCCAAGCUCACCAAGUGGUAGUGGUACUACUCUUAAAAUACCCACCUAUAGGUUGGGGCGCUUCAUCACCAUGGCAAAAAUGGCUUCGUUCCCCUCAGCAUUCAACCGAGUCAAGUUGUUUCAAUGUUGCCUCCAGCUCUUGCCACGGUAGUUGAGACUGCACUCCUACCUAGUCAGUCCUCUCCUCGCAGGCCUUGUCACCUUCUCGCCAUACUGGUAGGUAGUAGUGCCACUCCCCACGUCAUUAUUGAUAUCAUGUCCCCAAAUGGUGCCGAGGUUCCCCCGCUAGCGGAGAAUUUUGGAACCGUGGGGCAUGGGAAAGAUGGAGAAAUUCAAUUACCGAGUGGAGGCGAAGAGAUGAGCCAGAAUCGGCUUCCUAAAGGGGUGAACCUAUGGGCAGGCCCUGGGGUUUACUACUAAAAGAAACCUCCCUGUUUUGAUCCCCCGAUGCUAUCCAUGGACCGGCCAGCUCCUUCCAGACUGCCCACCCACUGCAGCCGCCUCGGAUUUUGUUAAUCAUGCAGCUCCCCAGGCAUUGUCUCGCCUCGCUGUUCUUUGCGGCCCUGGCCUACUCGGCACCCUCUGCAACAAAGACAAAGGCCUGCACGGAAUCCGCUUUUGGAGGUGCUCUUCCCCAGGAGGCAUCCAUUGUGAGCGUCGAUGCUGUCCCUGCUGGCGGACAGUAUGGAGAGGGCUCCCGGAACCCGGCUUACCCCAAAAUACCGACGAAUCUGCCCGAGCUGUGUGCUGUGGUUGUGAACGUGACCAGCUCACCCAUCUCUUCGUACCGGUUUGGCGUUCUCCUACCGACCGCUGAUGCGUGGAACAAGGGUUUCUUGGCGGUCGGUAACGGCGGCUUUUCAGGCGGAAUCAACUGGAUAGAUGCAGCCGUGGGUCCUCGUUACGGCUUUGUGGGAGUAUCUACAGACACGGGUCAUAACUCGACAUCCGGCGACGUCACUUGGGCAACAAACGACGAGACGAAGCAAGACUGGGGCCACAGAGCUAUCCACGGUGCUGCAACGCUCGGGAAGAAGAUGGCAGAGGCCUACUAUGGGGCCCCGGUUGAUCACAGUUACUACUCGGGCUGUUCUACGGGUGGAAGGCAGGGGCUCAAAGAGGCACAGUUGCACCCUGAGACUUUCGACGCUCUCCUCAUCGGGGCUCCUGCGUGGUGGACAAGUCACUUGCAGACGUGGACUCUUAGGGUCGGAGCCCUCAACCAGCCAGCCGAUGCGCCGCACCACAUUCCUGUUCAGAAGUUUUCAUUGAUUGCCCAAGAAACGCUGGAGCAGUGUGAUGGAGCUGACGGCGUGAACGACGGCAUCAUCAGCCAGCCGGAGAAGUGCAACUUGGACCUGAACACCCUACUCUGUACAUCAGGCACCGUCAACUCUACCUGCCUCACCAAUGCGCAGAUCGAGACUGCGAACAAAGUCCACGCAGACUACAUCGCUGAAGGACGCUUCGCCUUCCCGGGGCUGUCCAUUUCGGCCGAGACCCUUUGGGCUUUUCUCCUGGGCGCCUCUGAGCCUAGCUCGUACGGUACACAAUACGUACAGUAUAUGCUACUGAAUGACCCGACAUGGAGGUGGCAAGACUACACCGACGAGAUCGUCUGGCGCGCGGACCGGGAAAACCCUGGCAACGCUUCCGCUACUGCCUAUAACAUGUCUGCAUUCCGCGACAAGGGUGGGAAGAUCAUCAUGUACCAUGGAAUCGCCGACGGCCUGAUUCCUACUGGGAGCUCACACUACUUCUACCAGCAGGUAGCGAAUGCCACUGGGGGUAUUUCCCCCCUGCGUGAUUGGUUCCGCUACUAUGACGUUCCUGGCAUGGGACACUGCAGUGGCAGUAGCUACAAUGCUCCGUCCUACUUUGCGGGCGCGAACCAGGCAGAAAAUCUCGGCACCUCUGGCUACUCGGUCCCCGGUUUCUCGGACGCCAAGCACGACGUGCUGCUGGCUCUAACCCAGUGGGCCGAAAAGGGAGAGACCCCUGAAUCGAUCAUCGCCACGGCAUGGAAGAGUGUGAACAAUCCUGCCUCUGGCGUCUUGAAGCAAAGACCGCUGUGCCCAUUUCCCGAGGUUGCAAAGUACGAUGGAAAGGGAGAUUUAAACGCGGCGGAGAGCUGGACCUGCCAGUAAACAUUCAACUGCUGGUCCGCCAGAUAUGUACUUGGCUAGUGGAAGAUAUACUUCCUCACUUGCUUGAUCAUUUCGACGAUUAUAGCUUAGUCUGAGACUAUGUGAUAGUUUGAGGUGUGUAAUCGCAAGCACAUUCGAUAAGAGCAGAGAGCUUUUGAACGCAUGCAAUGAUUUACGAGUGAUAAAUAUUUUUUACAAGUUGAAAG